CCCAUAAGCACAAGCGCCACAGGUGUACAGAACAAUACCAUCACAGUGAACAUGUCCGACUUCGAUGUUAUAGAAGCGCUAACCAACAUGGAUGCAGUGCCAACAGGCAGUUCACCCCCGGGUGAAUACGGACAAGUGAUACCACCCAAUCCCAACUCAACUCCCCUCUCUGGAGGUUCUGGAGGGUCGACCACAGGCACCUCCCCACCCGGUUCACAGCCUGCGGCACCAAAUGCCCUCGGAAUUGAUGCAAAAUCCUCUAAACCUCCACUUCUACCACCGCAACUCUUGCAGCCACCCAAACGUCAAGACUCACCACCAGAGCGCUUUUACUCUGGAGAGGGGUUUGAGGAAUUGCCAAAUCCAUUUCUUCGUUUAGCUUUGUUCCUCUUUUUUGUUAGAUUUUUUGUCAUCACAUGGGGUUUAUAG